GUCUGAAUUCAAGAGCAGUACAUUUAAUUAGGUGGCACGAGAAAUUAAAUUACAUUUUUCCAUUACAGGUUUUCAAGAAAGUCUUAUUUCAUUUCUAAAUAUUGGUAUAAUUUAGUGAAAAGGUUUAUUAUCUUCUUAUAACAUUGUCACUACUCAUAUGUAUUAAAUAUAUAUUUGGCAAUUUGCCAUGAACUUCCGGUGUAAGAUAAAGACACACGCGGAUCUCUCGAGAAAAGAACGCGAAUAAUUACAAAAAUAUCUGAAAAAUUAAGACUUAUUUAGUAAUUUUACACUAUCUCAUAUUUUAAAAUGUCCAAUAACGGUGCUCCGGACUCGUGGGAAAAUCAAGCCGAAGUCGUAGGUGAACAAGGUGCAAAAGAUUCUAAUGAUGUGUCUACAAAAUUUUCCACGUUGAAUGUGAAUGCCGUGGAGUUCGUGCCUUCUUUUUGUCAGCCUUCACAGGCUAGCGAUAAUUCUGAAUCACCUACCACACCACAAAAAUCUGAAAGCGAUUCUACAAAUUCUGCAGAGAGUCCUGUCCUAAACGGUUGUGGUGAUGCUGGUGACAGUGGUGACGCUGGAGCUGCUUCAGCCUCGCCUCGGGUUGAGGAGCCACCUCCUGUUCCACCUGCAACAGUUGUAGUAGCAGCUCCCCUCCCUGUUCAGUCCGAUUCCUCCCCAACAAUUGAUAGUUGGGAUGCUGAUGCCGAUGAUGCUCUCUUAACCCCUGAAGACAACAAUGAGCCAGAAGAAGAAGAAACGGAGCAACAGGUGCAGGCCACUGAGGAUGGAGAAGCGGCAAAAAAGAUUCCUAAGAAGAAGCCAGUCAGAGUGGAGGACACUCGAAGCAAGAAGGAACAUGUGAAUGUAGUAUUCAUUGGACAUGUUGAUGCUGGUAAAUCAACAAUUGGCGGUCAAAUUAUGUCAUUGACGGGUAUGGUGGACAAAAGAACAUUGGAAAAAUAUGAAAGAGAAGCGAGAGAAAAAUCAAGGGAGUCCUGGUACUUAUCAUGGGCCCUUGAUACAAACCAAGAAGAACGUGACAAGGGAAAGACAGUGGAGGUUGGAAGAGCAUACUUUGAGACUGAUAAGAAACAUUUCACAAUACUUGAUGCACCCGGGCAUAAAAGUUUUGUUCCAAACAUGAUUGGUGGUGCAGCGCAAGCGGAUCUUGCUGUACUGGUUAUUUCUGCCCGCAAAGGAGAAUUUGAGACUGGAUUUGACAGGGGAGGGCAAACCAGAGAGCAUGCUAUGUUAGCAAAAACUGCCGGAGUUAAACAUCUUGUAGCACUUGUCAACAAAAUGGAUGAUCCUACUGUAGCUUGGGAAGAAAAGAGAUACAAUGAAUGCCGUGACAAGAUCUUACCGUACCUUAAGAAGCUAGGCUUCAAUCCCGCUAAGGAUCUGUCCUUCUUACCAGUGUCCGGCCAAACUGGACAGGGCUUAUUGGAAAGGGUAUCUGAAGAGAUAUGUCCGUGGUACCGUGGACCAUCAUUCAUCCAACUGAUUGAUGAGCUACCAUCACUGAACCGGAAGAUGGAUGGUCCCUUCAUCAUGCCCGUUGUAGACAAAUACAAGGACAUGGGCACUGUCCUCAUGGGCAAGGUUGAAGCUGGUACAACGCGUAAAAGUAGCACACUUUUCCUUAUGCCCAAUAGGGUGCAAGUGACAGUGGACCAGCUGUGGUCGGACGACAUCGAGGUGACGUCCAUCGGGCCCGGCGAGAACGUGAAGGUGAAGCUGAAGGGUAUCGAGGAGGAGGACGUGUCGCCCGGCUUCGUGCUGUGUGACACCGUGGACCCCAUUACUACGGGCAGAGUGUUCGAUGCGCAGGUGGUGAUCCUGGAGCACAAGUCCAUUAUAUGUGCGGGAUACUCUGCCGUCAUGCACAUACAUUGUGCAGCUGAGGAAGUUACUGUUAAGGCCCUAAUCUGUUUGGUAGACAAGAAGACUGGAGAGAAGUCGAAGACGAGGCCGCGCUUCGUGAAGCAGGACCAGGUCGCCAUCAUGAGGAUAGAGUGCGCCGGCGUCAUCUGCCUUGAACCCUUCAAGAAGUUUGCUCAAAUGGGCAGAUUCACUUUAAGAGACGAAAAUAAGACGAUCGCAAUUGGCAAAGUGUUGAAAGUGGUUGAGUAAAUUUGGCCCUACGAUUGUAAUUUAGCUAGGAUAGGCCUUUCCAAAACCUAUAUCAUGAGAGUGGAUGUGAAUGUAAUAUGUAAUCCUGAGUAUUGGGAUGUGAGAGCUCGAGUGUUGCUUCGACACAGACGACAGACUGCGGCAUGCGACAUCACCGCACGGAACACGAAAUGUUAGCAAGAAUCUGCAGACAGUACGCUAUGUUAUUUUAAUGGUGGUAAAAACAUAUUUAUACAAGUGUUAUUUAUAUAAUGUUAUCACAAAUGCAUAUACACAGCAAUGUCUCUCACAUUAUUUGCAUCAGCUUACAAGGAAAAGUGAGCCGUGAUUCUCUUACAAACCCCUACCUAUGUAAUUUUUAUUUGCUUGAAUUUUGUAUAUGUGGAUUAUAUGUUUGUUAAAUAUAAUGUAUCCUAUCCUGCUUAUAGACGGCGUGUAUUAAAUUGAUUAUUUAAUUUACUUGCAUUUUACACAAUUUAAGAACAAAGAAAAUCUGUUAACUGUUUUGGAUUGGUGUUUUAAUCUUACGCUUUCCUUUUACUAUAAUGAUUUGUUUGGUUUAAUUGUGUGCAGCUCGAGACACGACAGUAGAAACACACAUCUGUUACUCCAAAUAUUUAUUACUAAAUUUUUCGCCGAUUUCAUCAACUACAUUUUCGUAGAAUAAAUACUUAAUAUUGAUACGUAAAUUACAUUAUUUUCGUUAUGUUGCGUUUUACGUGAAAUGCGCUCGCGCAUGUAGUUGCAUCACCGAGAAAAUUAAAUUCUGAGCAGUUUCUUCUCUCGUGUUUCGAACUUAUACCUCGAAGUAAAACAAGAAGCGAGUCAGUAUGAAAAUACUGUUCGUAAUAUGUCAUCUUAGUGUCAUACUAUUUGAAUAUAAUAAAAUGAUGUUUUAUUUAUUUAUGGCCCAUAAACUUAUUUUAUAAUAACUGGGAUUUAUCAAUGUCUAAAAUUUUUAUUGGUUACUCACAAAAACGACACGAACUCGGUGCAUUUAUGAAUAAAUUAUUUGUAGUUUCAUAUUGAUCUCUUCUUAUUUAUAACUAACAUGUGGGUAUUAGAUAUUCUUCUAAAUCGAUGUAGUUUUCUUUUGUGAAAGAAGCGAACUAAAUUAUUUAACUUAGAGAAUUGCUGUUUAUUUGAAAGGGUAGUGAGAACACCAAGUACUGCAAGUACUAGCAUGUAAGCUCGACAGAUGCAGUUAAUAAUGUAAUAUUAAAUUUUGGUGUGCACUCAAGAGUCCUAUUUUUAUAACAUUUUCCUCGAUAAUUGAUGUUCGUCUAAAAAGUAUAUAUAAUAACGUAGGUUAAAAAUAUCAUUUUAGCAGAACACGUUUGGACGGCAGGUUCUUCCAAAAGUUUGGAGCUCUUAAUUUUAAAAGCGUUUUGUGAUUGUAUGAUGUAUGAGCUCUCGUGUAGUCGCUGCUAGGAUGGUCAACCGCUUGCGUAUUUUGCUUACUGAUAUAAAUGGUAGCAAUAAAAGUUGAUUGUAAUACUCGACUAGGAACUAUUUAACUUUUGUUUAUAGUAAUAAACGAAUAUUUUAGUUGUAACUUGAUCAUCCUAACAGAAGUAGUUAUCACCAUAUUUCACUUAAUAAGAACAUAAGUAAUGAUUGAUUGAUUAUAGUAUUGUUCCCUAUUUUAAAAACAAGAUUAUGUUUCAAGUGAUUUGCUAUGCGGUGUACAUGUUGAUGAAAUGUGCUUGAAACCGAAGCAAUUUUAUAUUUAUGAAAUGGAACAACACGAUUCAUGUAUAUUCAUAAUGUUAAUUACUUGCAAUAUUUUAAUAUAAAUGUAAUUUUUUUAUAGAAGAUAUCGCUUUGAAAACAAAAUACAUAGGCGGAGCUGGAGUGCGCCGAGAUCAAAAGCUGCGGUAUGAAAGCUGCUAGCUUUUAUCUGGUUGAUAUUUGAACUUUAUCACGUUUAUAAGAAAUGGUCCGUCAGUUUUGUAUGUAGCUUUCGGAAUGUGAAGACUUGGUUUCUUCGCCAUGCCUUAAUUUUAGAAUCACAAAGUACUUACGGCGAGCCAAAUGAUACACAUUGAAUUAUUAACUCCAGCGGUUAGGAGUCAAUCUCCGAAUUGUUAUAAAUUGUAUAUUGUGGGUUCAAUUUCCAUUUGCUUUUUUUAAUAUAAUCGGUUUUACGUAUAUAGUGGCGGAUUGAAUUAUAUUAUUAAUGAUAUUUUAUGUAUAAAACGUCAGGCGUACGCGGCGCUCCAUCUGGUUUGAUCCGUGCUAUAGUUUAUUUGUGGACACGCUUGCUCGUAGGGGAGAGUAGGGCGCCUUAGUGCCUUCCGUUGCCGCCGGCCGGCGCGCCGCGUGCGCCUCGCGGCCCAAGCGAGCCACCGAGCGACCACUGGCAGCCUGCGACUAUAUUAUUUUGUUUAAAAUAAAAUUUUAUUAACAGC